AUGCAGCUCUCUGGCCCAGAGCUGGAAGGGCCGGAGGGCAGCUCGGAGGCGGUGAGCAGCUCGCGAACGGCCCUCCGCCGCCCCCCGCACCGCCAGGCUGAGGUGUCGCCGCCGGGCCACAGGGGGCGCUGUCGCCGCCGCUACCUUCGUCGUCGAUGCCCGGCCCGGCGAGCCAGCGACCGCCCACCAAGCCGCGGUACGGCGCGCGUCGAGGGCCAAUUCCGGUUCGCGCUCGCCUUCGCCGGCGGCGUCCCCCUGGCCCGUCCCUGCAGCCCACGAACGACGGCCGCUGGGCCCGCCACCUUCACCCCGCCAUCCCGUGCCCGGAUUCUAGGGGGACCCCGGGGGGCCGGGGCCUUCAUCUGCUCCUCCGCGGCAGCCCCGAUCGCUCCGCCGCCCUCGCUCACCUGGACCUCGGCACUCGCUCAGGCCUGCAGCCCCGGCCCGGGGUUCUGGGUCCCCCUGUGCUCCUGUCUGGAGGACCAUCAGCUGAAGGGCGAGUUGGAUGGAGUUGAGGCCUCGGGCCAGGUGGCGCCGCGCCUCCGCCGCUUGCUGUGGCUCGCCUGCCUCCUGCCCCUCGCCCCGGGCCUGGUGGCCGCAGGCCUGUAUGAGCUCCACCUCACUUCUGAUGGGCCAGCCACCACAGGGGCUGAGGUGACCAUCUCAGCCAGCUUCGUGGCCAGGGACAAUGGUAGCCUGGCCCUGCCUGCUGAUGCCCACCUCUACCGUUUCCACUGGAUCCACACGCCGCUGUUGCUCACCAGCAAGACUGAGAAGGCUCUUCGCUCCACCAUCCGCGUGGUCAGCAGUGUGCCCGGCGACUUGCCAGUCUCCGUCUGGGUCACUGCGGCCAAUUGCUGGAUGUGCCAGCCUGUAGCAAGGGCCUUCACUGUCCUCCCCAUCACAGAAUUCCUGGUGGGGAACCUCGUUGUCACUCAGAACAGCUCCUUGUCCUGGGCCAGCUCCUACCUCAUCAAGACGAUCCUUCAGGUCUCCUUCCUCCUCCACGACCCCAGCAACUUCUUCAAGUCCGCCUCGUUCCUCUACAGCUGGGACUUCGGAGAUGGGACCCAGAUGGUGACUGAAGACCCCGUGGUCUAUUACAACUACUCGCUCAUCGGAACCUUCACUGUGAAGCUCAAGGUGGUGGCUGAGUGGGAGCAGAUGAAGCCGGAGGCCAGCAAGGGCGUCCUGCAGAAGACGGGAGACUUCUCAGCCUCUGUGACACUGCAGGAAACCCUGAAAGGUAUCCAGGUUUUGGGCCCCAGCCUCAUUCAGACCUUCCAAAAGAUGACGGCAACCUUGACCUUCCUGGGAAGCGCCCCGCUGACCAUGUGCUGGCGCCUCAAGCCUGAGUGCCUCCCGCUGGAGGAAGGAGAAUGCCAUCCGAUAUCAGUGACCAGCACGACCUACAACUUGACACACACCUUCAAGGACCCUGGGGAGUACUGCUUCAGCAUCCACGCUGAGAAUGUCAUCAGCAAGACGCAUCAGUACCACAGGAUCCAAGUGUGGCCUUCCAGCAUCCAGCCCGCUGUCUUCGCUUUCCCGUGUGCCACGCUCAUCACGGUCAUGCUGGCCUUCAUCAUGUAUGUGACCCUGCGGAAUGCCACGCAGCAGAAGGACCUGGUGGAGGUGGCUGAUUUUGACUUUUCCCCCAUGUCUGACAAGAAUCCGGAGCCACCGUCUGGGCCGUGGUGCCGCUGCCAGAUGUGCUGUGGGCCCUUCUUGUUGGACACCCCAGCCGAGUACCUGGAAAUCGUCCGCGAGAACCACGGGCUGCUCCCACCCCUCUACAAGUCCAUCAAAACGUACACAGUGUGA